AUGAAAGCGAUCUGCCCGACUCCUGACUUCUUCCCAGCACCGCUCAGCAACAAGUGUAUCCUGCUGAACGGUCGGACGGCCGUCAUGCGCCGUGAGCCACACCAGGUCCCGCGGGGCUGUGUCGCGUUCAGCAGCAGUGAACUUCACCCGGGCGGAGAUUCCAGCUACUUCUUCACCAUCCGCGUGGACAAGACGCUGACGACAUGGACCGCGAGGAUGCCAUUCUUGGGUUUUACCUGCACCUCACCGGAGGAGGUUGCGAAGACGAGGUGCUUCUUCGGAGCUGCCCCCCAUGCAUUCUACCUGGGCGAGACCGCGGUGAUUGGCGGAACGGGCGAGGCCUGGUUGCGCACAGACCCCAAGCUUCUCCUGCCACGGCUGGGGCGGCCCGCCGAGAAGGACGCACAACGUCGGCAUCUCACGCCAGAGCUCCCUGAGCACAAGCGCUCGGCCCCGUGGGCGCUGCGCCCUGGCGACCUCCUCGGCUGUCGAUAUCGGCGGUGUGGAGCCAGUGCAGUCUCUGCAGAACAGGGCAGUGCUGCACCAAAGUCAGUCAUUUCACUCUUUAUCAAUGGCGAACUCGCAGUCGAGUUCAGUCUGGAUGGCCAGUUACCUGCGGAGAAACCGUUGUUUGCUGUGGUGGAUGUCUGCCAUGCCGUCUAUCAG